CCUCCACACACAUGAAGAGCAUAUGGCGCGCUUGGGCCUACACAUGUAGCUGCCCGUUACUUAAAUGUAAAGUCCUCUGCGCACCAUCUUGCAUGUUCUCAUGUCUGCUCCCAGUCUUCCAUCUUAUGUUCCCCCCAACUUCUAUCGUACUCCGUCCUAUACAGCUGAGCCCCAACAGCAUGAGCAGCGCCUUGCUGUCGCGAAUGGUGUUCGCCCCCGGCCUUCGGGCCAUUUUGUCAAGGAAUCGAAGGGCGGCGGAGCCCGCCUUCGUUUGACCUCCCAGGAGGAUCAUGUUGCACUUCCAGUAUACGGCACCAAUGGUUCCGUGGAAGGCACAGUUGAGGUGUCAAAGCCCGAGGGAAUAACCAGCGUUGAAGUCAAGGUGGAGGGUAGGUUGCGCCUGCAUGAGCUCGCGGCUGGUGGGACAACUGCUGUCAAACUAUGUCUGGACACAGUCUUAUUAUGGAUCAAGAAUCCUAACAAUGUCGUCUGUCCAUCGUCGUUGCGUUUCCGGUUGAAUCUUCCCACAACUUUUCUGUACGAAGGACACACCUACCCAUUACCACCCACAUACGAUGUCAAACUUGAUGGACUUCCUGGAUUCACGGCAACUAUUGAUUACUCUGUCACCGCCACACUUAUGAAACCCAAUACCGUACCGUUAGUCAAGACCACCAUAUUUGGGAAAUCUCUCGGAAACAUUAUUCUCUCGACGCCGUUCAUCUACUAUCCCCGCUCGCGACCAGCUAUACCUCUUCCCGUACCUCUUAGACCCACUCGGAAUGGGUUCAGGCACGAUCCAGAGUGGCAGGUCUCCGAGUCUGUCAUAAAGACAAAAAAUCCGGGAAUUCAGGAUAUCAAGACUAAACUGUAUGUUCCCGCCUCUCGAAUCUUCUGUCUCCGCUUCCCUAUACCUUUCUACCUUACUUUGGAAUCGUCCGCACAAUCCCUAGCGGCGUUUCUGCCCUACGGCCCUAGUCCAACAGCGAGACGUGCAACACGGGUGCAGCUCAUGCGGCAAGUAACGGUCGAUGUUCGGCAUGCCAUGAUAUCAAGCACGAAGACUGACAUUUGGAGAGUCGAUAGUAUUGGCGAAGGGAGGUUUAGGCACGUGGGCGAUGGUCCCACAUGGGUAUCUUUCAACGGUGAGAUAGUCAUCGACGACUCAGUGAAGAUAGGGGGGUUCAAAGCAGGAGGGCUAAGGGUGAAGGACUGCAUACUGUUUACAAUGUCACCCGCCGAUCCGUCCAAAUCAACCUUCUCGCCCAUGCGUCAGGUCGUUCCGACUAGGCUUACUACUGAUGCAUGGACUACGGAUGGGACUGGAAUUGGGGUACACCCCUCAUCUUCCGAAUACUCGAUAUCACCACUUGACUUUGACGCAACGGCGAGAACCUAUGCGAUCUGAGCAUGUGGACUUGGAUCGUCCAGAUACCAUCGAUAUGAAUCUUGGACUCUACUGUAUACAUAAAUAGUAUAAAUACCUGUAGAAAUAAUUUGCUCAUUCGUAUAUAUGCAGUGCACUCAGGAAUAGUACAAGUAGCUGUAAUAGAAGUUUACGAGAGAAACGUGCAUGCGCGUACUCCACGACCGUGAGUACGUUGGGGGGCCCGCCAGACCAGCUGAUUAUAGCCCAGAUAAUAGUACCGUUCCUUCUUCUACACAUCAUCGUGUUUAGUGCGCACAAGAGAGAUUCUUCU